UGUGCUUUGGUGAGCGUAUUAGCUACGCUUGCUCGAACCUCGAUUGCGAGAAAAGGUCAUGGGAGACUCGUUGGUACAACGUUGAUCGUCAGACCGGUCAGUGUGCUUGCGGAAAAGUCAAUGGCUCCUGUGUUCAUCCUUGGAUGACAUACUUCACCGUCACCCAGCUCUGUGCUGAUUGUUGCAGAGCCAUGAACGACGCUGCUCAGGACGUCGAGCCUCCUGUAACACCUCAACCUCAUCAUCCCAAUGAUACUGAUCGCCUCCACCCUGCAAUCCCCACGUAUGACUUCUCCGAAGCAGAAACCAUGCAGACAACUCAUGCGCUCACUUUACCUGGAAUCGUUGCCCGUGAUUUGUAUCGCGCCCAGAUUCCUGCAGACGUCGUCCGUCUGGCACCAGUCCCUGACCAAUUGCUCACACAGCAACUUGCAGAGAUCGAUGCCGCCAAGAACGCUAUACCUGUCACUACGCCUCAGGUCUCCACAACAUCCACUCCGUCUAAGCCCCCAACUACAGUGCCCGAGCCUGACACACCUCCUCCAACCUACAACGAUGCCACGACGGCCACGCCCCCACCACCCAUCCGGGUUCCCCAGCCAUCACAGAUUGAGGCCGUCGACAUCAGAAUGAUUGCACGCAUAACCUACUUCGCCUGGAACACUCGCGAGAACUUGCCUCAAUUGGACGAAUACGUCGAAGCAACUACCAAGCACAUAGAAACCAAGCUUCAAGCCAUGCCUGACUUCUCCGAUCUUGAAAUUGCCAUGAUACAGGUCUUCCGUAUAAUGUCCAGAGUCACCAACAAUGCUAUGGACGAGUAUCGAGUUAUUGUCGGGGGUCUUGCCACUCGUACUCAAACACAUUCCUAUCUUGGUGGGAGCUCAUUGUCCAAGAGAUUUCUCGUCUGCUACAGCUACCCGGAGUCUACUACAGCGGACGUGCAAUUCUCAACGAAGCCAAGCGUCGCGAAGAAUCGCGUUUCAUGCUUGAUCAAAACACUCUAGAAAGAAGCGCAGCCGACCGCACAGCUGCUGAGACUCUUCCCGCUGAUGCGAAGCUCAUCCGGGACUUCAAUGAUAACAUCGACAUUCCUCUGGACAAUCUCUCGGGUGCUCUGGUUUACGAAUUUUCGUGGCAGCUC